AUGCAUGAAGCAUUAUCAACAUUAUCUGGAAAAGAAAUUCGUGUUGAAAUACGUAUUCUAAUACGUAUUGAUUUUCCACUAAAAGUUUUAUGUGUACGAUGUGAUCCAAAACGAACACUUUUACAAAUUUUACAACCAAUUGUUGAUAAAUUAAAAUUAUCUAUCGGACAAUUUGUUUUUUAUGCGAAUGACUCGUUGAUACCACUUAAUCUAAAUGAUUUAGUUGGUGCUUAUGAUAAUCAACGAAUUUUUACAUUAACAAAAACAGCUUCGGGUGUAGAUAUGUCAAGUAGACAAAAAUUAAAAGCAAUAAAUGAUAUAUUUGAAAUGAUAUCAGAAAAUGAUGAAGAUAUUAAAUUUGAUGAUUGUGGCAUAUUAAAACCAGUUACAGUAUCGAAAUCAACUAUUGUUGUUUCAAGUGAUGAUUAUCCUCAUUCGCCUACACCUGAAAACUUGUCAGCAGGCGAAAGUGAUCAAAUCUAUUGUGGUCCCAAACGGUGA